UUUUUCGUUUCUCUUUCUGUUUACAGCUUAGUCCCAACAUCGCUGAUUUAGAGGCCCAGCUCGUCAAUUCAUUAGCAUCGCCGACGAGGGAUCAAUCGUCGUCGGCGGCGGCGGCGCAGCCUCAAUUUGCAGUUUCUGGUUUCCGAGAUUACUCCUGUUCAAUCCUCUUUCUCAAAGCCACACAAGAGAAGAAACUAUUUGCAGCUAAAAGAAAAAAUGGCAAUGAAGUUUCUUGAUUGGUAUUUGAAGAUUGCAAUUGGGUCAGCUAUAAUUGGAGGUUCCAUGGAGUUAUUCAUGAUCAAGACUGGCUUCUAUGACAAAGUGACUGUUCUAGAGUCGGAGAAGCGAGCUUGGGAGAAUUCCCCUGAAGCUCAGGCAAUGAGAGAAGCUCUUAAUCCUUGGAGAAAUCAUGAUGCACAAGAAAGAAAAAGUUCCUAAUGGAGGCCACCUGUAGGGACAGAUUCUUGAUGCUGUUUGAUUUGUUUUGAAUAAUAGAUGUACCUGGCAAGAAGUUUGACGCACAACUAAAUAUGUUCACUGGCAUUGAUAACGAACUGAUCCUUCCGAGUUUUGAUCCCUUGUCUGAAAUUAUUUCUGUUAGAAAUUUUCUUACUACCUGUCUUGUAGGUUAGUUUUAUUUAUUGAUAGGCUAAAUUUUGGAAUGAAUCAUGAAGGUUGAUUUCCGCUUUCUUCAUAUUUUUGGCUAUGAUCUUUAUCUGAGAGACUACUUAUACUA